AUGGUUUCAGCUACUUCUUCUCCCCCUUCUAAGGAGGAAGUAGAGACUGAUCAAAAAUGGGCGAACAAUGGAAAAUCUCGCAAUGCAAAAUGGUGGUACUCAACUUUCCACACUGUGACGGCCAUGAUAGGUGCCGGUGUUCUCAGCCUUCCCUAUGCCAUGGCAUAUCUAGGAUGGAUUCCAGGGACUUUGACGUUGUUGUUAUCAUGGAGCCUAACCUUAAACACAAUGUGGCAAAUGAUUCAGCUCCAUGAGUGUGUUCCGGGUACCCGAUUUGAUCGUUAUGUGGAUCUUGGUAAACAUGCCUUUGGACCAAAAUUUGGACCAUGGAUUGUGCUGCCACAGCAACUAAUUGUUCAAAUAGGAUGUGAUAUUGUGUACAUGGUCAUUGGAGGCAAGUGUCUAAAGAAGUUCAUGGAGAUUGCAUGCACUAAUUGCACACAACUGAAACAGUCCUACUGGAUUUUGAUUUUUGGUUCAAUUCAUUUCUUUCUCUCUCAGCUUCCCAAUUUCAAUUCUGUUGCUUCUGUUUCUUUAGCAGCAGCUGUCAUGUCAUUGAGCUAUUCAACUAUAGCGUGGGUGGCUUGCUUGUCGAGAGGUAGGAUUGAGAAUGUGAGCUAUUCAUACAAGCAAACAAGCACAAGUGACUUAAUAUUCCGAAUCUUCAACGCACUUGGUCAGAUUUCAUUUGCAUUUGCUGGCCAUGCAGUAGCCCUUGAAAUUCAGGCAACGAUUCCAUCAACACCCGAAAAACCAUCAAAAAUACCAAUGUGGAAAGGUGCUAUUGGCGCCUAUAUCAUAAAUGCAAUAUGCUAUUUCCCAGUUGCACUUAUUGGAUAUUGGGCAUUUGGAAGAGAUGUUGAUGAUAAUGUUCUUAUGUCAUUAGAAAGACCUGCUUGGCUCAUUGCCUCCGCUAACUUGAUGGUAUUCAUUCAUGUUGUUGGUAGUUAUCAGGUUUAUGCUAUGCCUGUUUUCGAUUUGAUUGAGAACAUGAUGAUCAAAACCUGGAAUUUUCGUCCAGGAUUGCCUCUCAGACUUGUUGCUAGAUCUUCCUUUGUAGCAUUUACACUUAUUAUUGGGGUUACAUUCCCUUUCUUUGGCGAUCUUCUUGGGUUCUUUGGUGGAUUUGGUUUCGCUCCUACUUCAUAUUUUCUUCCUAGUAUAAUGUGGCUAAUAAUCAAGAAACCAAAGAGAUUUAGCAUCAACUGGUUCAUCAAUUGGGCUGCAAUAUGCAUCGGUGUGUGCAUUAUGCUGGCAUCCACGGUUGGUGGCUUCAGGAAUAUCAUUGCUGAUGCUUCAACUUAUAAAUUCUACACCUAA